AUGGAGGCAGAGAACAUGAAAUAUGUUGCAGCUAACAGCAAGGUUUCUAUGCCAAAGGUUUACGCCGACUUUGUCGAUCCAGAAACCCAGAAAAGAUACAUCGUUAUGGAUUUCAUCCCCGAGGGUGACUGGCAGAAGUCAUUACCAUGGCUCACGCCAGCCGAGAAGACGAUGGUCAGCGAGCGAAUUAAAGAGGUUGUUGACGAACGACGAACAAUCACACCACCGGGUUACUUUAGAAACUUGAAUGGCACGCCUUACAUCGACGGUGUCUUGUCGACACCAUAUAGAAACCCAAAUAUUUCCGGGCCAUUCAAUGAUCAAAAACAGAUGAAUCAAGGAAUACUUGAAAGACUAGGUCAAAUACAAUCACCGCACCUCAUCCAUUUAUUGCAAGAAAUGGUCAAUCGCACUCUCAAGAACCAUCGAACUGUUUUUACGCGGGGAUCUACAGCCGAAGGACAUAAUGGUGGAGAGAUCCACAAUAAUAGAGGCGCAGACCUUAAAGUGACUCUUAUUGACUGGAAUUUGUCAGGCUGGUACCCCGAGUUUUGGGAGUUUUGCAAUUCAACAUUGUAUUGUUAA